AUGCCCCAAACGACGAUGGUGCCAUCAUUGUCUUCUCUCACAGCAAACGUUGGAAGAAUCACUGCUGCUACCUGUAAAGAAUUUUUUUUGGAGCGUCUUGCUCGUGUCGACUCCGUUCAAGAACACAUCCAUGUGUAUAACAUUAUGCUCUCACUUAUGGAUCAGAUGAUCAAAAUCGAGGCGUACACCUUGGGGAGACAUCUUUUGGUUCGUGUGGAUACCUGUCAUUUCAACGGUGACAGAGAGCUAAGAAUCGGACUUUCUCCAGAUGCUAAGAACGAUGUGAGGGAACAGAUUCAGCGCCGUCUUUCAAAACUUGAAGAAGAUAUGUUUUGCUAA